AUGCUUUGGAAAUACCUGGCUCUCUCUCUCCUGGCGGAGCAUGGCUACAGUCAAUCAGCCGCGGCGCCUAUGUUGCGCUUCACUUGUUCUCAGCUCGUUGUUGACCGUUUAGAUCCUCUUGUUAAUCCAGGCGUCGUGCCUUCCCCGCAUCUCCAUCAGAUAGUUGGGGGAAAUUCUUUCAAUGCCUCGAUGUAUCACCCAGAGCACGACCUUCCCACUCAAUCUACAUGCACCACAUGCACGUUCUCAGAGGAUUUCUCAAAUUACUGGACCGCUGUACUAUACUUUCGGGCACGGAACGGAACGUUCAAGCGCGUACCUCAAAUCACGAGCGAAGGUCUGGGCGGGAGAGGCGGUAUCACAGUCUAUUACAUCCCAGCGAUGAACAAUAGAACAUCGGUGACAGCUUUCAAGCCAGGCUUCCGGAUGCUUGUUGGAGACGCAAACUUGAAAUCACCGGGGACGGCUCAUAAAGUUUGCCAUCGAUGUAUGCCAAAAUCGGGGGAUAAUAGCAAUAUCAACUGUGGUCCACCAGACGACCAAACUCUUCCAACAGGAUUCUGUGUCGGCGGCAUACGAUCCGUCAUUACAUUUCCCACAUGUUGGGAUGGAAAGAAUUUGGACAGCCCGAAUCACCAAAGUCAUGUCGCGUAUGGAAUUGGGUCGAAGACUAACGACGUGGGACCGACCGGCGACUGUCCAAGUACUCAUCCUGUAGUAUUACCGCAGGUUAUGUACGAGGUGAUGUGGGAUACCCGAGGUUUCAACGACAAGGACUUGUGGCCGGUGGAUAGCUCACAACCCUUCGUGUGGAGUACUGGCGACACGAAUGGUUACUCGCAGCAUGGUGACUACGUCUUCGGUUGGGAAGGCGAUUCUCUCCAGCGUUCCAUGGAUGCGAGAUGUAACGGCGAUACCUGCUCCGUUCUCAAGACUCAGAGUAACGAAGAAGCGAUGAAAUGCAAUGUGCCGAAGGUUGUUGAUGAUGAUAUCGAUGGAUGGGUUGAAACACUUCCGGGAGAACCACCUACGCAUAACUUCACGGGCUUUCGGUGUACUUAUUACACCGAUCUUUCUCCUGGCCCUCUUAAAAAGCGAGCCGAUUUGUUUCUUUCCGUGGUCAACUGGGAUCACCUCUGUGUUUAUGCCUCAGCUCAAAGAAACGGAAUUAAUUGCGUUUUGCUACCCAACAUAGGUCUUGGAUAUAAUCACAUGGUUCGAAUUUUAGAAUUUACAGAUGCAGUUCGAUGGAUUGCCAGACUUCGACUUCCUUCUCUGACUCGUUCAGACAGCGAUGAUGCGACAGAGUCUAUGAUUUCUGAGUAUAUUACGACGUCUUUAGUUGAAUCCACCACAAUGAUUCCAGUUCCGCGAAUCCAUGCCGUGGAGUCUGAAUUCCAUCCUUUGAUAAACGCCCGAUUCAUGCUGAUGGACUGCUUGGAAGGAAACGUUGGAAUGGAUCUGGGUAUGCAAGUUCCAUCAGAGCAUAAAGCAUCGUUCUUUGCGGAGAUGGCGCGUAUACAUAUAACUACUGACUGUGAGGUUUUCGCACGGAUAGAACUCUCAAAAACUCGCUUGCCAAUGAUAGGCACCAUUAAUGGCAAGAACUCAGAUGGAACUUUCAUCCAAGGUCCAAUGCGAGGCAUCGGCGGCCCUUUUCGCACAGCUGGAGAAUAUUUCCACGCCUGGGCUGAAAACGCAAAGUUUGGAAUGGAUAAAAAUCUCAUGCAUGACUCGUGCGGCUCGUACGCCGACGAAAUCAUUCCAUCAAUCAACAGUUUCCUAGAUGAUUUCCGGAAGCUAGCCGAAAAGCUAUCAAUCUGUAAUGAAGGUCCAUUCCCUCUCUGCCAUGGAGACUUCGGGCACAACAACAUCAUCGUAGACGACAACUAUAAAGUUCUUGGUGUUAUCGACUGGGAAAGCGCGUUUGCUGCGCCGUGGGAAGUGUUUGCGUCGUUUCCACUCACAUUGUCGGCGACACCGCCCAAGAUGGAUGCGCCGUGGAAUUAUGAUGAUGAUGGGAAUCCUGCUGAUGAGGAGUUACGUCAAAAAUGUGGUGAUCGGGAGGUUUACAUUGCAGCGGUUGCGAAAGUUGAGGCAGAAGAGGGAAUGAUGGGGGAGCUGUUGAUAUCGAAGUCACUGCGAGACGAGAGGAGACAGCAUUUGAUUGAUGCGAUGAGACUGUUUGAAAACGGAAAACCGGGGUGGUAUGGGAAGUUGAUUGAUGAGUUUUGGAAAGGGGACGAGAAAACAUAA